GUGUCGAAAAAGAUGGAGGAAUACCUGGGCGAGGACGAGCCGACGCUGGUCAACUUUGUGCUCGACAAGCUGGCCGCGCGCACCGCCGCCGCGGAGGUGGAGGCCGAGGUGGCAAAGGUGCUCGACGAGGAGGCGGAGCCCUUCACCGUCAAGCUCUGGCGCAUGCUCCUCUUCGAGAUCAAGCGCGCAAAGGCGACGCCGAGCUGA